AUGGGCACCGGAGUUGUCUUCGAUCGAGUCUUGCCCGUCAAGUACGCCCUGAGCGGCCCCAAGUGGUGCGCGGUAGUCGGAUCGGCCCUGACGGGGGCUUUCGCGGGCAACUACUUCUUCAAGAAUUACAUCAUGCGCAAGAACCCACCAAAUCCGCCCCGAGACCCCAACGAGAGGCCGCCGGAGCGCCACCCGCACGCGCCGGAGGAAGAAUGA